AUGGCACAGCGCUCCGGGAAGCCUGGAGCUCUGCCCUGGCCCUUCCAGAUCGUCUUCUAUGAGGGCAAGCACUUCACAGGGCCGAAGCUGGAGGUCGGGGACUGUGACAACUUCCAGGACCGAGGCUUUAUGAACCGGGUCAACUCCAUCCAUGCGGAGAGCGGGCCUUGGGUCUGCUUCGAUCACCCUGACUUCCGGAGCCAGCAGUUCAUCCUGGAGCAUGGUGACUACCCCGACUUCUUCUGCUGGAACGGCCACAAUGACCACAUGGGCUCCCGUCGGCCUGUGGGAAUGCAUGGGGAGCACUUCUGAAUAGAAAUCUUCGAGGGCUGCAACUACUUCCUUCACAACCUCCCCUUCCUUCAGAGCCGAGGCUGGCCCAGGAGCUGCGUCAAAGCCGCCAAGGUGUACGGGAUGGAGCGUGAGUAUGGUGGGUGGGUGCUGCACGAGGAGCCCAACUACUGCGGCCGCAUGGUCCUGCUGGAGCGCGGCGACUUGGGCGGCUUCUCCGACUGGGAGGCGCACAGCGGCCGCGUGCAGUCGCUGCGCCGGGUCGUCAACUUCUUCUAG